GUGAUCGAUCCACUCAUUUCGUUCCGGCCUGGCAAGGUAAAAAAGAUUGCAAACGUUGACGAUCGGCACGACUCCGCGAUUCCGGUUGCGGAACUUCUCCAUGGGCAGCGAUGGCAGCCCCGUCUUGCCACUGCCUACUGCGUUCGGGUUCAUUCGUGUGGACAAAAAUGCGUGCUCGAGAAUGUGACCACUGCACGUGAAGAGUGGGGAAAAUCCGAGAUUAAAUGCUCGAAGUACGCGGAACCUGCGGUUGACAAAGAUACGGUUUCGUGCGCUGAAUGGAACGAACGCUUUAUUGCGAUAAGACCGAAGGAAGACGACCUUCGAAAGAUUGUUGAUAUUAUGUAAUAUUUGUUGUGCCCUCCGCAACUGUGCCCUCAGGCCCAAAAGCCCCAAAAACAUUGAACUUUUAAACUGGAUAACCAAAUCCCCGGUGUUUCCCGGUAACCUCAUAGAUAAAUAGAUAGGGGCCUCCAUAUCACGACACGAAAAUGGAGCAAUUUUCGCACGAUCUUACACUGGCGCUCGAGGAGACUUCGCGCACCAACUCCAACAAAGUUCGCUGGGGUGUCCGGAGGCGUACACGCUCCACGGGCAAUCUACCAUGUGCCCCUCAACCGACGGAGGACAGUUCCAGCAGCCCGACGGAUCCACCGCCCAGCAGCAAUGUCGUAAUGAAUCAGGCCGACUCACCGUGUCUCAGUGGAAGCAAUAAUCUGGUCCAGAGCGACUCGGACGAUCGACAUUCCGUGGCGUUCGCUUUCAAGCUACGCCAGACGCCUCUGUCAGGCAACUUUGAGUCGGAUUCGCUGAACGAAAACUUCAGCCCCGCCAGACCCAACAUGCGCCGCAAGCGAAAGUACAAACGGAUGGCGGUGGAGUACGAAACGACACCGUCCACACCACAUAUAGGUGGUGCCGGAAGUGCACUGUUUCCGGUGGCCGGGACUGUGAAGAAGCGCGUCUUUAAACAUUCGUGCCCGGAUAACUUCAGGAGCGCCAUGCUGUUUUGUGGCAAACGAAAGCGCGGCCAGCGGGACCGCUCCGGAAUGGAUUACGAUUUCUGCAAGCAGCAUUCCAGCAGUGUACCACGCCAGCGGGGCGUAGCGGAGUUUUUUGGCCUGAAAGGUCCCUCGUACAGCGAGUAUCGGAGCCGGAAUCGGGCCGCAUCCUUUUCCGCCAGCCUAAUGAAGUGUGAGCGGAUUCUGCCACUGACGAAAACCGUUGUCUCAAAGAUCGAACGAAUAUCGGCCGACCGCGAUCGGGAACGGUCGACGAUUUUGGGCCAAACGAUGAUCCCACCGGGCCCUUCCGUCACUGGGAGCGAGUUUAAUUUCUCGAUUCCUAUGCAGCAGCACAAACUCCUCGAUACACCUGGCAAUCCGCCACCAGCGACGGUGGUGGUAGCAAUGGAUGGUCCGAUUAUUGCACCUCUUAUCGGUGAGCAGUUUGUGGUUGGCCCGCAACAGAAACAGCACGAAGGCCCUCUGGUUCUACCGUCUCCUUUCGUACCGCUGGUCGUUAGCCAACCGACAACAGUUGCUUCCCUGGUAGCCACAACUGUCCCGUCACUAGUUCCGGAUGGUUCCGUCGACCCGCAGCAGUUGACUGGUGUGUCAAAACCGAUCAGCGUGCCGUUGCUCGGUGCAUUUGGUGUAUCAGCAUCGGCCGCAACACCGGUAAUUCCUGUGCCGCAACCAUCAACCGACAGUACGCCGGAGAUUGCGAACGCACUGUCUCUUCAACCAGCGUUCGAAGCAAAUCCACAUCCUUUUCGCUCAUCCCAAGGUAUGAUGCAACUAACGGGGAAAUCGAAAAUCUUACCGGCAACAGAACCGAUGGCCGCUACGGGCAGCAGCUAUCCGAAGGAAAAGCAUCGCCACCGGAAAUCAAAGUACAAUCGCAAGAAGCAAAUACUGAUGAUGUCAGGUCCGGAGGGUCACGGUCAGCUGAUGGAUUGUGGUGGCCAAGUGAACGAUUUUCUCAGCUCCAGUUCACUUAGUUCGAGCGAUUCGGAAGCGGUACUGGCAAACGAAACCGACCACGAAGGGGACGAUGAAUUGACCGAUUGGCCCGGAAACGAGGCGAUGAUCACGUUCGCCUCGAAGCACGAUUUCCGUAAAGCAUACCAUAGCACGGGCCAGCGGGGGCUCUCUAUCACGUCCGGACGCCCUUUUUUGCCACAGAUAAGUCAGCAGGACGAUCUUGCCGAUGAUGACACCCUGAUGUCGGCCGAUGAAAUGCUGAGCGCGCCCAGUACCAACGUACCACCAACCGGCACGUUGAGCGGCGGAGGUAUACCGGGCCUUGGCAGUCUUGCAGGAGCUACGCUACCGAUCGCGAUCGGAGCAACCGUGCAGGGGGUCGAUCCACAUUUUCUAGUCAACAACGUGGGAACCCCAACGCUGGCAAACGAGAUACGCGAGAUCCGAGCCGGGUGCCGAAGGAUUCGCGAAGAGCGACCCGGAUUUUCCAUCAUAUCCAGCGUGAACGAAUUGCUUUCGAGAUUUCUACAAGAUGACCAACAACGCGAGCUAACACUGCACGAUGUUAACGAGGCCGAGCAUGACAAGCUGCAAAACCUGUGCAAACUGUACUCCUUGAACGCACGGCAACUCACCGACAGCGUGCUGGUGCUCAGCAAGACGAGCAACACGAUGCAAUCGGUGCGCAUUGACCAGUCCAACCUGCCGAAGCGGCUCGGGGACUUCAAACGACGUUGUUACGGGGCUAGUGCCGAACCGUUGCAUUUUCACGACGGCGGAACGAGUUAAACACCCAGAGCGGGGCACGUCAACAAGCGUGUCUAGUAGACUAUUGCGUCCAUCAGAAGGUUUCGUUUAGUUUGUUAGAAUUUUCCAGAGUUUUUUUAAAAUGUCAUUUCCUAUGUUCUGGGAUGCAGCCUACGUACGUAUUCUUGUCUUUACGGAAGGUUGCGGUUUGCAUUUUAGGCACCUACACACUCCACUACGAAACAAAAUUUAAAACGGAGCCAGAAUUGUGUUGUGGUACCGGAUGGAGCGAAGCGAGUUAAAUUAAAUAAUAAGAGUUUUGUGGCUUCUUAUUGCAAGAAACCAAAAUUAUCUACCGGGGGGGCAGAGAGAGCGAGACAAAACGAGUAAGUGUCUUGUGGUAAUAGGUACCGUGUACAGUUUUGCCGUUUAGCUAUUACAAUUGUUCUAAGAAUCUUGAACGCUACUUUAAAGAAUCGGCCAUUAUAUUUUUACAACGCUUCGACGCCGCUGCUGAGCUGCGCCGCUAACGCUAUUUGUGUUUUGGUCCCGUCGGACCAGAGGCACGCUCGUCUCCGUAUGUAGUAAACCAAGGCUUACUUUGAACGCGAGCGACUGACGAACGGGUUGCUUUAUGACAACGGGAACGGGCGUACAAAUGUGCAGGAAUGUUAAAGUGGUCAACGCUUGAAAAAUAAAUAAA